CCAUCAUGUCAUAAAAGGGGCCCUGCCUGUCCUGUGAUGUCACAAAGGGGGCUCUGCCUGCCCCAUCAUGUCAUAAAAGGGGCCCUGCCUGCCCCAUGAUGUCACAAAGGGCUAUAAUGGGCCAUGGGACACGGGGCACUGCAGGUGGGCACCACCUCGGCCUCUGCCACCCCAGCAGUGUUGGGAUCCCAUCACUGGGACCCCAUAGGUCACUGGGGAAGCUCGUCCCCAGCCUGUGCUGGUGACCUGGAGUGCCAGGGAUGGUGCCAUGAGGUCCCUCGACAUGUUCACCAUGGGGGAGCUGGUUGCAGUCAUGAUCCUGGUGCUGCAGCUCAUCCUGGUCGCUGUCGUGCUGCGGGACAAGCGUCUCUGGAGGAUCCUGCAGAACUGGAGGUGUCCAAGGGCAGCGAGAGCCCAGGCGGAGGAGCAGAGCAGCGUGGACAGGGCGCAGGAAUCGGCAGACACGUCCCCUGGCAGCUCCCGACGAAGUUCCAUGUGCUACAGGAAGCAUUUCCCAAGGUUCAUCCAAAGCUCCCAGGACUCCCCAGUGCUCACUGAGGAGCAGCACAGCGAGCUGAAGGCACAGCUGGCCCAGCAGCAAUACAGAGGAGGGGACUGCAGGGUGCCCCAGAGCGAGGUGCCAGUGGAGCUGCCGGGACUGCUGGGGGGCAGAGAGUCUCCCCAGUGCCUCGCAGUGGAGCUGCCAGGGCCGGACAUGAACGAGGGGACAGAAGAAGCCAAACGUAAGAACACAGGACAGUGCAGCAGGGACUACGUGACGCUGCAACGCAGAAGAUCCGUGCUGAUGGCCAGGCUGCUCCCUAAACUAGUGGUGAUUGUAAAUCCCACAGUGUUGGAAAGCUGUAGCAGCAGCAGCAGCAGCAGCAGCAGCUCCAUAGAGGUGCAAUACAGCAGCACCACCACUGGAUGGUUCCUGGGGAAGCUCCGUGUCUGGCUGCAGAGAUACCUGGAAGCCUCGCAGACACGCUUUGUUCAGCGCCGCCGGGGCUUCUGCAUCCGGCUGAGGUCCCAGUGGUGGUGGCGGCGCUGGACCCAGAGGAGAAAAGGGCGUAGUAAUCAUGAGUAGUCAGGGAGGGGUGGAGGAAUGGGGUGCUUCAGGAACCACCUGGACAGCCCAAUCCCUGUCCCUCUCCAGAUCCCCCUGUAGAGCCCUCCUGUAGCAGACACACACUCUCACCCAACCUGUCCUCUGCAAACUGAGGGUCCCCUCCUCUUCCCCACCCACCAGUGCUGUAGCACCAUCAUAGAAAAUCACCAAUUUUGUCAAACAUGAUUUUGCCUUUAUAAAGCCACGUUGGCUGUUUCCAAUCA